UCUAUAUUAUUUACAGACGGUUUUCAGGAAUUUAAAUUUGCAAAGCUUAACUCGUUUUGAUCGCACGACUCAACCCUCUGCCUUCUGCAAAAAUGCCGCUUGUAUGGCCGUUUGCAAGCAAGUUGCUGCUAAUUUUUGUCAACCUUUUCGCGAAUCGCAAGUUGCAUUAUAAUUGUGUAUUGUUUUCUUCUUUCUUUAAAUUCUCAGAUUUCAUUCAUAGAAACUGAAAUCAUAAAAUAUGCGAUUUUCAUAACAAUAUGUUGUGUCUCGUAAAUAUAUUAAGUCAUGGCUAACAAUACAUUGUCUCGUAAAGUUAAACAUAUGAUUUUCGAGAAACAAAACAUGUAAUAACAAAGAAAAACAGAAUAAUAUACGUUUAUGAGUGGAAGAAAUAAACAAAAAUUCGUGGCAAUUUCAAAAUAGAAAUUAUGGCUAAUCUUAAAGAUGAUCUGGAUAAGUAUUUGUUGUUACAAAGUGAUCAAAAGAAAAAGUUUAGCGUAAAAGUACCUCAGUUAGAGUUGGGAAAAAUAUUUUCCCGAAAUAAUGAACCAGAAGCAAAUAGUUGGCUUAAAGAUACUCAAGAUUCUUGUUGUCCACAACUGUCUCGCUUACAACGUAUAGUUGGCUUCGUCGCUUGUCUUGGUCUGGGCACUUUUUGCAUGACGAUAUCACUAUUUUAUGUGCCUGUGUUAUUGCUGAAAACGCGAAAAUUUGCUUUGCUUUACACCUUGGGGAGUUUUUUUUUCAUCUUGAGCUUCUGUUUUUUAUCAGGAUUCGUAGCUUUCUUCAAGACAUUGUGUAAUCGUGAUAGAUUUUUGGUGUCAAUUACUUAUUUCGGUAGCCUGAUAACAACUUUAUACUGUGCCCUAUGGAUGCAAAGUACUGCCUUGACUGUACUAUUUGCUUUAGCCCAAAUGAUUGCUUUAGCAUUUAUGGUAGUAGGCAUAAUUCCCGGUAGUGCUUCUGGAGUGAAGUUGUUCGGUUCCUUAUUUAAAAGUAGUGUUAUUACAGGAUCGAGCGCUUUGCCAGUUUAAUGAAGGGAGUAUAUUUGGGAGUUUUGAUAUUAUGAAUUUCAAUUAUGUAAAUAUGUAUAUAGUUUAUAAGAUAUUUAAAAAAAUAAUUUUUAAAUUUCAAGUUCUAUUUAAUGGGAAUUUUUGUUUUCAAAAACCAGUUUCUUGCCCGAUUGAGCAAUCGUUUUGAUAAAGCAAUGAGGUUAAAUUUUAAUUUAUUUAAGAUGAAUUUGGAAAAUCACGAUUAUAUUUGCACGAAUACGACUCCAUUUGAACUUUUACGACUUUGAGAAGCCUUCAUUAAUAGGGGAAUAUCCAUCAGGUAAAUCAAUAUGUCGCAUCCUUUACUACUUAAUAAUUUUUGUGUAUCAUUUUGAGAUGGUCUAACAUCAUUUUUUGCUUCUUUAUAGUAUCAACAGUUAAUUUUUCCGCGUAUAAGAAUUCCGCUAUUGCUUUAUUUUUAGGGGUGCAAUAAGGUUGCUAUCUAAGCAAUGCUUGUUAUUCCUUGUUUAAAUCGGACCAGGGUUUUUCUUCUAUUUAGAAAUUUAGAGAGCGCGGAGUGAUUUCAAUAAAUUGCAAUGCUGCGAUUCUGUUAAAGUGCUGAAAAUUUUCUAUGCGAUUAUAUUAUAUGAGAAGAACUCGUUGCAAUUCUGUUAAAAUAGUCAAUAUUUUCGAUACAGUCCUGCUAAAUCAGACGAAACAGGUCGAAUCUGUUAAAGUGGUGAAAAUUUUCCACGCGAUUCUGUUAAAGUGGUGAAAAUUCUCGAUGCGAUUCCGUUAAAUGAGAAAUUUUCGCUACAAUUCUGUUAAAUAAGAAUUUGAAGAUUAUUGCUAGAACAUUUGCAUUAUCAACUGGUUUCUAUUGACAUUAGAUUGCUUUAAAUAAAUCAAAUUGCGCCAAAUUAAUCAAAAAUUCCAAAAUGCAAUUAAACGCUUCAAAAUCUUUAUAUUCUUAUCAAAUAGUUUAUUACUUUCUAUCUUCAUUCAUUACCUAGUGCUAACAAUUCGACGCUGGGAAAGUCAAAAACACACUUUACUUUACUGAAAUCCGCCUGAGUGUGUGAGUAGGCAAGAGUCUCGACAAGUAACUC